CAAAGCUGGCAGCACUGGCAACAAUAACAAAAAUAAUGGCAUCCAGAUUUAUCAGCCUCAAGAGAAAUUAAUAUAAUUCUCUCAGUUUAAUUCGAUAAAAUGUUUUAAUUCAGGAGGAGUGCCUAAUUUUGUGAAACGAUAAAGGCAAUGGACGCGGGAGUCAGUGAAGAGUUGGCCGCUGACCUUACGAGGGCAAUGCGGCUGUUUUUAAAGGGUUCUGCCCUUGAGGAGGAAGGACAGUUGAGGGACGCAGUCAUUUUUUACCGCAAAGCUGUGCAGCUUGUCCCUGACGUGGAACAACGUGUUCAUGAACUGUCCCAAAAAACAGUGACAACCACAAACAGAAAGGAAAAAGGAGUUGAUGACAAUGCAAAUAAGCAAGCCGAGGAGGUCGUAUUUGAAGAUUUGCCUGCAAAAUUUUCCCAAAUAAUUUCCCAGCAAGGAACAGUCGCCCUUCCCAACACAAAUCCAGAGGGCACCCAUAUAAGUCGGUUGCCUCCUGAACUUAUCCUGCUUUUGCUCCGAUGGAUUGUGUCAUCGGAACUUGACUUUCGCUCCUGGGCCCGAUUUUCCGAAGUUUGCCGUGGAUUUUACUUGGCCGCUCAUGACAAUGAGUUGUGGCGCCUUAUUUGCAAGAGACAGUGGGGAUGUGCCGUAGAGGGUCGAAGAAAAUGGCGUGUUGAGUUUGACCGCCGGCCCAGGGUCAGGGUCGACGGCUGCUAUAUUGCCCGAGUUACUUAUGCGCGACCUGGAGAGUUGAGUUUCCAAACCUCGGAAUACCUGCCUUGGCACACAGUGCAGUAUUUCAGACUGGUCAGGUUUUUCACUGGUGGUCUUGCCUUCAUGCUCACUUCGGCAGAGUUGCCCAAAGUGAGUGUGGGCUAUCUGAGAACAAGACGAGUGGCUCAUCCCCAGGUUUUGAGAGGACACUACAAAGUAAAUGGCACAAGAUUGACCGCAGAACUAACUGAGGCGCCCCGUCUUAAGCCGAGGGUGGAAAUCAGAAGACGAGGGCCUCCACCGCAUGAUUCGGGAUUCAGAAAAUACUUAUUGGAAUUGGAAAUUGCCGGUCAAAAACUGAUAUGGUCACGUUAUAGCAUUGAGACAACAUAUCUCUCAGGGCAGAAAUCGGUGUGCGAGCUUGACUUAAACCAAAAUCAGUUUCCUGCGUUCAAUUUCGCUCGAGUGCGUAGCUACGUGCAAAUGCCUUCCCAGGAGAUGCUGUGAUAAAUAUAACAAUUCAAAUUUUUCAUGUAGAGAACUAGUUCAAUUAGAACCGUAAUAUUAAUAUUGUUAUUUUUUUAUUAAUAAGGUGAUUAUGCUGUUCUGUGAAUUAAAAUAAAUUUCCAAGUUUAUAAAAGUUCU